GACGAGCCGUGGACUGGUUCCUUUUUGUUUAUUCAUUUCAUAAGAUCCCUCCUUUCGAAGUUCAGUAAAGUGUAGCUUGAGCCGGGCUCAACACAUACAUCAAUUUGCAGUUUGACACAUUUUUGGCUUGCCAAGUUGCCAAUAUGGUUUCAGUGGUUAUCUCUGUGAUCUUGACAACUGUUGUAGUGACUUUAGCUAUCUUCAUUGGAAGGCUGAGGAAAAGAAGACGAGCUGGAAUGUCUUUCAGAAGUGAGCAUGUUAUUGUCUUUACUCGAUACCCAGAACCUGGUACUACAAAGACAAGACUUAUUCCAGAUCUCGGGGAAGCUGCAGCUGCAACUCUUCAGCUUUGCUUGACCAAUCAUAUUCUAGAGGUUCUUCAGUUGGUGCAAGCCAAGCGACCUUGGGUAUCAGUUGAGAUCAAAUACACCGGAGGCUCAAGGAAACAAGUCAACUACUGGCUAAGUAGCCAUCGCAGAAGACGACUACGAUGUCGCUGGUCUGAGCAGACUGGUCUAGGAUUAGGGGAGAGAAUAGUCAAUGCAUUCCAUGCUGCCUUCGCUAGGAAGAAACAGAGAGUUAUAUUGAUUGGGAGUGAUAUUCCAGCAAUUGAUGCUGACACAAUCUGCUCUACCUUUGACAAGUUAUCCCUUGGAACGUGUAAUAUGAUAUUAGGACCUGCUAAAGAUGGAGGCUACUAUCUGGUAGGACUCAGUCAGAAUGAAGGAGAAGAAUCUAUAGAUCUCAAUCCUCUCUUCAUGAGCUCUGAUAUAGAAUGGGGUACAGGUAAAGUUCUACAGCAGCAAAGAAAAGUUGCCCAACAAUGUCAAGUGAGGCUAGAAAUACUCCCUAGAAUAUUGCAAGAUGUGGAUACUAUAGAAGAUUUAGUUGAAAUUGAGAGGUCUACAGGGUAUACAGUGGAUCAAAUCAGGACACCAUUCCUUUCUGUCAUCAUUCCAGUUUUUAAUGAAGCUCCUUUUAUACAACAGACACUCCAAAAUGUAACAGAGCGAUGUUCUUUCCCAGACUUUUUAGAGAUCAUCGUAUGUGAUGGAGGCAGUGAAGACAACACGCAACAACUUGUGACAGAAUUUGCAGAAAACAAUAAAAGAGUCCCUAUAAAACUUGUAACUGGGUUAAAAGGUAGGGGUAGACAACUCAACAAAGGUGCUAUGUUUUCCAAAGGAGACAAUUUUCUUUUCUUACAUGCUGACACCAAGUUACCUCAAGGUUUUGAUGCCUCAGUGGUUCUUACUCUCUCUACUCCUGGAGUGAGUGCAGGGGCCUUUGAGUUUAGUCUGGAUUGUAACCAUUGCUCAGAAUCUGAAAGGUCUGAGUUUGAUUAUUCAAAAAUAUUUGAGUUUGAAAUGAAGGUAUUGGAAUGGGGAACCAAUAUGAGGGCAAAAAGAUUUGAGCUUCCAUAUGGAGACCAAGCUUUGUUCAUGUCAAGGGCGAUAUUUAAAAGUGUUGCUAUGUUUCCUGAUUAUUUAAUCAUGGAAGAUUAUGAAAUGGUGUGCAAACUUCAAGGAGAAGGACAUAUCCAGAUUGUAGAAGGGAAGCAGGCCAUCACAUCAUCAAGGCGGUAUGCAAGACAUGGAUAUCUUAUGACUGUGGUAUUGAACUCUCUCAUCAUUAUGGCUUACAAUCUGGGAAUCCACCCCAAUGCUUUGGCUAGACUCUACUACGGAAGACGGCUUUACCAUGGAAACUGAAAUAUCAUUGUCAUAAGAAUUUCCUCCAUCAUCUCAAUUGUUGAUGUCAUUAUCACCAUC